UAAUUUUAUAGAUUGCAUUACAAUGCCACAAAAUGAAUAUAUGGAACGACACCGGAAGCUGUAUGGCCGACGGUUGGAUUACGAAGAACGUAAGAGAAAAAAGGAGGCUCGUUUACCUAAAGAGCGUGCAAGAAAAGCAAGAAAAUUGAGAGGCAUCAAAGCAAAAAUAUUUAAUAAAGAACGCCGGAAUGAAAAAAUACAAAUUAAGAAAAAAAUUCAAUCUCACCAAGAGAAAAAAGUUACUAAACAAAUUAAGGAUGUGGAAGAUGGAGCUAUUCCUCACUACCUUAUGGAUAGAGGAACACAAUCCAGCGCUAAAGUACUCUCAAAUAUGAUCAAACAAAAAAGAAAGGAAAAGUGUGGCAAAUGGGACGUUCCUAUACCUAAAAUCCGUGCUCAAUCUGAUAUGGAAGUCUUCAAAGUUUUGAAGACGGGAAAAACGAAAAGAAAGUCAUGGAAGAGAAUGGUGACAAAAGUAACAUUUGUUGGCGAUAAUUUCACUCGAAAACCACCGAAAUUUGAACGAUUUGUAAGACCAAUGGCACUCCGUAUGAAAACGGCGCAUGUAACACAUCCCGAAUUAAAAGCAACGUUUCAAUUACCGAUAAUUGGUGUAAAGAAAAAUCCAAGCUCGCCCAUGUACACAUCACUUGGAGUUAUCACAAAGGGUACUGUGAUUGAAGUCAAUAUAUCAGAACUAGGAUUGGUGACUCAAACUGGAAAAGUGGUUUGGGGAAAGUAUGCUCAAGUAACCAAUAAUCCCGAGAACGAUGGUGUAAUUAAUGCUGUUCUUUUGGUAUAAGAC